AUGAGUUCAAAUUUAAAAGCAUUUGAUGCACAGAUUGCAGGUCACACAGAAGAGACACCAGGUAGCGAGAACAUUCCUAGAUUCUUACAAUCCGAUAAUGGUUUUGUAUUUAAACCAGUAACAGGUAAGAGAGGCAAACGUGAAGUAGAAUUCUACGAACUCUCUGAGACCUACGAUAUCUCAUUCAGACAAUACUUAGCUGCUUUCGAUAAAGUUAUUAAAUAUGGUAGUCAUGAAUAUAUGGGUAUUGAAGAUUUAACAUAUCCUUAUGAAAAGGAUCAUGUCAAUGUUGCAGAUAUCAAGAUGGGCACUAGAACAUACGAUGCCUCUGCCACAGAAGAGAAGAUCCGGCUGGAGAUUGCCAAGGCAUCGAAAACAACGACAGCAUCACUCGGUAUUCGAUUCUGUGGUGCCAAGCUGGUGAGACCGGACAACGGUGAGCAUCUCAAGUUCGAUAAGGACUGGGGAAAAGCACUGACCAAAGACAACAUCUUGCACGACGGUCUUGUAAAGUUGUUUUCAUGCGGAGGUGACCAUCUCUUCAAGGACAUCGUUGAAGCCUACCUAGUAAAGUUGAGAGCAUUGCUCGUCUGGUUCCAAAACAACCGAAGCAUGGCAUUCUACUCAUCGUCACUGCUCUUUGUCUUUGGUCGAGUGAACGCCUCCCACAAAGCACAUCACAACGUCACCAUGAUAUCGGAACACCACGGAAUCUCAUUGAAAAUGAUUGACUUUGCACAUGUCGAUCCACUCGACAACAAAGCCAAAGACCAAAGCUACAUCAUUGGAUUGGAGAACCUAAUUAGUUUAAUGGAGCAACUAUUGAAAUUAUAA